CGUCGUAGUUUAAAUCUGCUAUACUUAUAGUUAUUGGUUGAUAGUUCGCAACUUUAUGGAAGAAAUAAGGAGGUUCGCAAUAUGCCUUGAGGUUAGACAAUGAGCGAGCGAGGCGCUCGACGCGGCCCAGGCGCACCUUUCUACGCGCCAUUGCGGCGUAAAACCUCUGCAGAGAUCAUCAGUGAAGCAAGAGCUGCUAUUUACGGCGAGAUGAGCGGCACAUCUAGCGGUGGUGGCGCUGGUGGCAGCCUGCGUCCGCUGCGCACGCGCCGCCCGUACACACCUCGCGAACCACAGAGGUCGCUUUACACCAACAAGAAAGAACCGAGACCGCCCAGUGGUUUUGAUCUGAAGUUCCUGAGUCUGUCAGAGAGUGGUGAGGAGACCCUGGCAGCGAUGGACGCUCGCAUCGCUAACUUGGAUGAGGAGGCACUCAAUGAAAUGCUCACAGAUACUCGCAGCAGGAAAAAACCUGCGGUACGCAAGGACGCUCGACAAGGCGGGGUAGGUGACAUGUGGGGGGGAUUCACCAAGCUGCCCCAUCUCAGUGGUAGGAGCAAACCUCUCCACAGGCGUAAUACUACUGGACAAGUACAUGCUGAAGAAUUAAAACCUGAAGCCGGCUUAGCGGGAGCAAUCUCAGUAACUCGUCCUCUAGGUGAUGCAACUAAUACCACUAUCGACAGCAUAUUGAUGGGCGAUGUCGUCAAUGUUAAGGCAGAUGGUGCUGGUGCAUCAAAACGCAAGCAGUUCGUGUCUACGAAAGCAGCGUCAUGCGACGUUGCCAGCUGUACCAGCGGUCUACGAGCUGAUAUCGAUGUAAAACAUCUCGCCGUGCAACUACCCAAUACAUCCUCGGACAGUUUGGAAAAUAUGACGUUAUUAGAGCUAUCAGAAGCUCUAUCGCAGCGGUGUCGCGACUCGCACCGAACGCUGCAACUACUGGAAGCAGUGGUGGCCAACUUACAAGCAACUACACCUGGCGGCAGUCUGCGGGAACUACUCAUGCGGUCUCUGUACAUGCACAUCGACAGUGAAGACGAGAGGAUACUCGUCGCUGUGGCGCGGGCUAUGCUAUCUAUGCGAGUGACUGGGACACAUUUGGCAGCGGCUUGCAAACUUGUGUUCAAGAUAGCAAAGAAUGAUAAGAACGAUCACUACUUUAAGACCACCAAUUUGUUGGAGCUGUUGGUGGAGGGCUGCGGGCGCGCGGAGCCGGUGUCGGAGGGCGCGUGCUGCGUGUACGGCUGCGCGGCGCUGCGCGUGCUGGCGCUGGACCCGGCGCUGGCGGCGCGCGCGCUGCGGGCCGGCGCCGCGCAUCUGGCCGCGCUGCAUCUCAAGAUACUCAAUAAUGCCAAAGCGGAGUCUCCUCGCUCCCUCGGCGAGCAGAGUACGCAUGCGCUAUACCAAGUGACGGGAGCGCUGCGCAGCCUGGCGGGCGCAGUGGAUCAGUUUGCGCACGAGUUCCUCGCCAGCGGCGCGCUGCCUGAGCUUGUGGAUGCACUGGCCCUACACACUGAUAGGGACGUGCUCACUAAUGUCGCCAGGUGUCUCAGGCUGGCCGCGUGCGCGCCGCGCGCCCCGCUCGCCGUGCGGCUCGCGUACACGCUCGGGAACAUGGCCGCCGCCGACGAGCGCGCCAGGAACGAUAUUUAUAACGAAGACGGUGCGAUAGAUGUUUUACUUACAAUAUUGGAGUCAUACACGAAGAAGAACCCGCAAGAUCUGCCAGACGUCGAGGCAGACCCAGAUCUACACUUAGUUGGUUCCGAUUUAGGCGGAUCAGAUGGUUCAAAUGAAGAUGUUCUUAUCAAGACUGUACGUGUUGUUGCAAAUUUGUGUCUGGCGGAGCGCGUGGGCAGAGGUCUGGCGGAUAUAUACGCAGAGCGGAUAGUCAACUCUCUGCUCGCAUGUCUACAACUUGCUGAGAGGAUUAUAACAAAUACGGACAAAUCAAUACCUGAAAAUAUGCCACCAGUGGAACGCGCCGAGGAGUUGGCGACGGCGGCGCUGGCCACGCUCAACAAUAUGACCUUCUACCGCGAGCCGCCAGACCCACCAGACCCACUCCACGUACCUUUCGACAAUAUAUGCAAAGCGACAUGUCGUUGGCUGCGCGGGUCGGGCCCGGCGUCGUGCGAGGCGGUGCGCGCCCUGGGCAACGUGUCGCGCGCCACGCGCACCGCGCAGCUCAUAGUGCUCGAGGGGGCACUCGACAGACUCGAACCCUUCCUCAAUCACGAGGAGGGCGGCGUGCGGUGCGCGGCGGCGGGCGUGCUGGUGAACGUGUGCGGCGCGGGCGCGCAGUGCGCGGCGGCCGCGGCGCUGGCGGCGCGCGCGCUGGCCGCCGCGGCCGCGCGCACUGACGCCAAGCCGGCGCCGCUACUGGCGCGCGCGCUCUGGAACGCGCACGCGCAUGACCCCUACCCGCUCUCGCCUAUACACGCGCAUGCUGUCUCUGAAGCACUCGCUGUUUUUAUAGAUGAUGAAUCUGUAUUUGCUGCUUGCGAAGCGGAUAAGCUGGGAGAACAAGAAAUUGAUCGAAAUGUUACAAAACACCACGUAACGUUCGACUUGGAGAACAACAACUAUGCCUCAGAAUGUGACCCAUCUUGUUACGAUUCAACUUCAAAACAGAUCAGUCGCAAGAACAGUCUAGAAACAGGUGACGUCACCGGUGAGGAUUUGGGAUUUGAAGAGGGAGAUGUGGAGGAGUGCUGGUGUGAGCCCUGCCGUCGACUAGCCGCGUGGGACGAACUUGUAGGAGUCGCCAUACCAUUGUUAGAUAGACUGCGACCUCCACGGUCAGACGCCUCCGUCGGCACGGAAUAAAAAAACAACUAGUACCUGACUUGAGAUAUUUUGAAUUUGGAAUAAAAUAAGGUCUGUUUAGACUUUGAAUUAUAUGUAUAUGGCCAGUGACUUUCGCAGUUAAUAUUUUGAGAAGGUUGUAGACAAAGAGUAUGUAAUGAAAAAUUAAACAAAGAGCUACAGUUGUGAAUGUUUGGUUUUUCAUAAAAUUAACACUUUUAACAUUUGAAGCUAGUCAUUUAUUACUAAAUAUUAAUUUAUCGGUGAGAGACGUUGAUGUGUACUUAUUUAAUUCUUUAAUAUUGUACUAUGUAGCUUAACUUACAUAUUUUAUACAGAAUUAUAGACACAGAAUUAAGUACUCACUUAAUCGUUAUGAAUGGAGCUGAUGUGGUUGUAUUCAUUCAUAAUUGCAUUUAUACAUAGUAUACGUAAUUGUAAUUAAUCUUGUCACUGCCAUACUAAAAAUGUUAUAUAUAUAGUUAUCGUUAUAUAUCGGUGUCACGAUUAAAAUAACACAAAGCGUGGAGAAGAUACUUAUGCACUGUUUGUGAUAAUUACCACAAUUCAUGGGUGGUUAAUACAAAAGGAAAAGUGAUUUGAACACUUUACUACUGUGUUAUCACAAAGAAUUGUAAAAACCUACUACAGAGGUGUAGCUAGCAUCGUAUCUGCUGUAUCAAUUAUACUGGGCCUCGGAUCAUUGAGGCCCCCAACGUGCGAAGGCAAAAAUUAAUUUAAACUUUACAAUUUUUAAUUUCAAUUCUGAAAUCACAAAAGUCAAAAUAAGCAAUUCUUUCUCCUGCACAGAACAUGCGUUCAAAAUAGAAUAUGGGCGUUGCGUGGAAAGAUCCGGGAGUGUUAAAAAUUGGCAAUUAUGUAGAUUUUAAUGUACCCUCCGAUUUCAGAAAUGGCAGCCAGUAAAAUUUGCUUACAAUUAUUUAUUUCCCUGUUAAUAAUAACAAUUAAGCAAUUGUUUCAGUAACAAUUUUUUAUACAGAGCCCCGCUAAAGCAUGCUACGCCACUGAAUCUUUUUAUGACGGGGGAAACCUUCAAAAGCUUUUUGGAGAGAAAGACUAGGGAGUGUGGGAUUUGCAUCUCACUAAAAUCGGUGGCCACUCUCAACACCUGUAAGGGGUCGGAUCCUCUAAAAGAGAUCUGCUCCGGAUAGUGCAACGCCUGUUCCGACACAUCCCUAGAGAGACGGACAUCUCCCUGGAACCUCACUGUGCACGGUGACACGUGACCACUGUACCACCGUCUCUCCCGAGACCACUGGAUGGGCACCUAGGCUCCCCACCCUAUGCACCCGUGGCCCCAAGAGUCCCCUGAAUUUCAUGCAGGCGGGAUUCGGCGUUUUAGGCGUCGAAAGUGGUUGCCUCCUCGACGCCCUCUACAAGUAGGAUCGGUCCUCUCACGAUCCCGCUCAGCAGCCUCUUUUUGAGACAUCAGUCUUACAGAACGAGGCCACUUCCCUCCAACGUCACUUAAACCUUGUAACAUUUUACUAGGAAAUCAAACAAGAUAUCCACUGUUACAGUCAUGUUUGUGGUCAUUUGACUAAUAAGAUAGCCAAAUAGAAUCUUGUUUGUCUGUGUGUAUGUUUGUUAUUUAAUCACGUGGAAACGGCUGAAUGGAUUGGGAUAAAAUUUGGACCAGGGGUAGAGUAUGGUCUGGAGUCUGGAAUAACACAUAAGCUACUAUAUCCCACGGGAAUGCAGAACGUACU